AUGCUUAGGGAAGAAGCACAAAUGGACAUUCGUUUCAGUAUCACGGUUGGUGCGGCUAACUGGGCACUGCUGGCCGGCUAUCUAGUCAUUCCCGGCACGUUCACUUCAUUGCAGACCUCAAACCAGGUUGAAAAGACGUUACAAACCAACAGCGCCGGCCGUGCAGUUCUACAUAUGAUCCAGAACCCCCCAUUACUCGCUAUUGCGUGCUUGCUUUUUGUUAGUGGAACUGCGGCUCUCAUGUGGCUGAUGCAUUUCCCAAAGCUCAGGGGAAACUACCCCUGGCUGAUCAACAAAGUGUUUGUACCCCUAUGCCUACAUGCUGCUGCCGGGCUGCUGACCACUGUCAUCAAUGUCUCACUUCUUGCGCUUUACAAUUUUUUCAAGCUGGAGCGGAUCAGAAAAGAAGAUGAGGAUAUUCGGCGUUCUCGACCCUGCAUAGCUCCUGAUACGUGA